UAUAUUAAAAAGGUUUUACUUGGUUUGAGGCGGCACUCUCAAAUUGAUCCUCUGAGUCUGAGUCUGAGUCUCAGUUCCUUGCAAUUUCUUUUUCUCUUUAAUUUCAUUCUUUCAAAUCCUUUCUGCAUCUUCGCCGCGGGAACACGGUGCUUUUGUAAAAAAGUGGAGAAAAAUGGCAGAAUUGAGUUUGGGAAUUCUAAUUGAUAUUGUUGAUGAGGAAUGGAUGAGAGACACUCUUCCUGAUGAUGAUCUUCCACUUCCCCCAACACUGGUUGUCAGAACAGAUGACACCGAGGACUCAAAUCAGGAGACGCAACAAGUUAAUGCAGAUGCUUGGCACGAUCUUGCCUUGGGUCAAGAAUAGAAGUUUCAUUAACUAGUGUCAUGCUUAGUAGUUUGUGAGUAGAUGGUGGUGCUCCCUGGUAUUGGACUAGGCAUCUUUCUUUCUAUUUCCCUGAUAGAUUGUAACGUAUUAAAGUUUAUCAACCUGUUAAUGUGAUAUUAAGGAAUUGUAGUGUCAUUACUGAAUGUAAUCGUUUGCUGUCAUGGAAGCACUCUUAUUUUUGCUUUAA